AGGAGCCAUUAUUCGUGAAACGGAACGCGGCCAUAGACAUCUGUGAUAUAAAUUGUGGUUACGAACGUAAGUCGUCGUGAGAUAUACACGGAUAUUUUUACGCUCCUAUAAAAUGGCAGAGAUAAAGUCACGUCGUGUAGCGCAAACCGAAGAUUUGUCUAACGUCGAGUUUGAAACCAGCGAGGAUGUCGAAGUUAUUCCUACUUUCGAUAGCAUGGGUCUCCGUGAUGAAUUGUUACGCGGAAUUUAUGCGUAUGGUUUUGAAAAACCUUCCGCUAUUCAGCAACGAUCCAUUAAGCCCAUUAUGAAGGGCAGAGAUGUAAUAGCUCAGGCACAAUCGGGUACAGGUAAGACUGCUACAUUCUCCAUUGCAAUAUUGCAGUCAUUGGACACACAAGUGAGAGAAACCCAAGUUCUUGUACUGUCUCCAACUCGAGAACUUGCAACACAAAUUCAGAAAGUUAUCCUAGCUUUGGGAGAUUUCAUGAAUGUACAGUGUCAUGCCUGUAUUGGUGGUACAAAUCUUGGAGAAGAUAUCAGAAAACUUGACUAUGGUCAACAUGUUGUAUCGGGUACACCAGGUCGUGUGUUUGAUAUGAUCAAAAGACGUGUACUUAGAACACGAGCUAUAAAAAUGUUAGUGUUAGACGAAUCCGACGAAAUGUUGAAUAAAGGUUUCAAAGAACAGAUUUACGACGUAUAUCGAUAUUUACCACCGGCGACGCAAGUCGUCUUAGUAUCGGCUACUUUACCACAUGAAAUUCUAGAGAUGACCAGUAAAUUCAUGACAGAUCCUAUUCGUAUCCUGGUAAAACGUGAUGAAUUGACGUUAGAAGGGAUCAAACAGUUCUUUGUCGCUGUUGAACGAGAGGAAUGGAAGUUCGACACAUUAUGUGAUUUGUAUGAUACACUAACGAUAACACAAGCAGUGAUAUUCUGUAACACUAAACGUAAGGUGGACUGGCUGACGGAAAAAAUGCGGGAAGCGAAUUUCACUGUGUGUUCUAUGCAUGGAGAUAUGCCGCAGAAAGAGCGAGACAACAUAAUGAAAGAGUUUCGAUCCGGUGCAAGUCGUGUAUUGAUUACAACUGAUGUAUGGGCAAGAGGGAUCGACGUUCAGCAAGUUUCUCUCGUGAUCAAUUACGAUCUACCGAAUAAUCGUGAAUUGUAUAUUCACAGAAUAGGUCGAUCGGGACGUUUCGGUCGCAAAGGUGUAUCUAUUAACUUUGUGAAGACCGACGACAUAAGAAUUCUGCGGGAUAUUGAACAGUAUUACUCUACACAAAUCGACGAGAUGCCGAUGAACGUGGCGGAUUUGAUAUAAAUUAUCAAUUCUGAUGAUAAUUGAAUUCUCUAUGACUACGCGCAAACAUGUCAAGUAUAACUAAUAAAAGAUCAAAUGUAACAGUUUUUUUGAUAUCGCAGAUAAACUGUUCUCACAUCACUAGGUCGUUCAUUUUAUAUUAACGAAAUGGAUUAUAAUUUUCUAUCGGGAGUAGUGCAUGAUGAUACACUAUAUAUUUUCCAAUUUUAGUUCAACUGGCAAACUUUGACAAAUGACAAAUGUUAUCUUACUUAUAAUUUAUGUUUAACGUGUAAUUCUGUAAGAAUAAAUAUAAUAAGCAGAGAAAAA